AUGAUUGGCUACACCACAGUGAUGUUUGCUUUGACCGCCGCAUCGUUGGUCACAGCUAGACAAUACGAACUCAUUCAAUGCACCCUGGGUGUAUAUCAGAUAAUCGGAAAGGCUGACUGUACGGGCUUUUUCCUCUGUGUGUUUGGGAAACCCAUCGAGAUGCCGCCUUGUCCUCCUGGCUCGGUGUUCAGCUCUAGCGUCAACGUUUGUGUUCCUAAAGGUUCAGUGUAUGAUGACUGCAAGCAACCAACAGAGAAAAGCCGCAUCCAUAUGCCUGUGCUCCCCGACCUAGGGCCUCUUAGCCCAGAGGAACGAUGCAACAUGUUCGGAGGUGUGUUCCCUCACCCAAAGGAAUGUCAAGCCUUCUACAAUUGCAGCGUCCGCUACACACCUCAGAUUCCCCGGUUCUUCGAGCAACACCUUGUUGAAUGUCCCUACCCCCAGCUGUUCAACACUGAGACCAAAGAGUGUGACUAUUUUGAGAAUGUAAAAUGUGGAAGCAGGACAGAGUUUAAGAAUGGAUGUCAAUACAGAUCCAACCAGUGUCCCGUUGCGCAUUGUAUACCCUGCAGUGUCGACCUUCCAAGUUGUAUAGGCAAACGUGACGGAAUCAACGUUCAUCAGGUCAAACUUUGGAGUCCAUUCUAUGCGUUAUGCUAUAAAGAACGGACGAUCAAGGUGGAUCGAUGCCCAGCUGACGAAAAUGGCCGAACACAGUUGUUCCAUCCGAAAAAGAACGAAUGCGUUUCAUUGGAUAUGAUUCCUCGAGAACAAGGGGGAAUGAUGCCUGAGUGCGGUACAAAAGUAGACGGGUUCAAUCAGGAUGAGUUUGAGCGAUGUGACCGGUAUGUGCGUUGUCAGGGAGGAAAAUACAUUGGCACGGUGAAAUGUGCGGUUGGAGAGGUAUUCGAUGGAUCAAAAGGCGGGUGCGUUCCAAAAGAAAAAGCUUGUGGACCCUGUGGAAAAAUUGACCAUUGUGCACGGUAUUCCCCUUCACAACGCCAGACGUAUGCUACUGUAUUAUGUUAUAAUGUUCGUCCCCCAGUGCACGGUAUUCCCGGUCACAAGGCCGGAUUGUACGGUGUUCCCGUUGGCAACGCCGGAUUGCACGGUGUUCCCGUUGGCAACACCGGAUGUAUGCCACUGUAUUAUGUGUUAAUGUUCGUCUCCCAGUGCACGGAGUUCUCGUUGGCAACGCCGGAUUGCACGGUGUUCCCAUUGGCAACGCCGGAUUGCACGGUGUUCCCGGUCACAACGCCGGAUUGCACGGUGUUCCCGUUGGCAAUGCCGGAUUGCACGAUGUUCCCGUUGGCAACGCCGGAUUGCACGGUGUUCCCGGUCACAACGCCGGAUUGCACGGUGUUCCCGUUGGCAAUGCCGGAUUGCACGGUGUUCCCAUUGGCAACGCCGGAUUGCACGGUGUUCCCGUUCACAUCGCCGGAUGUAUGCUUCUGUAUCAUGUUUUAA